AUGCAACUACCGCGAACUUCACAACUAUCACAAUUACCACAAACUCCACAACUAUCACAAUUACCAUUAACUCCACAAUUAUCGCAACUAUCUCAACUUUCACAACUUUCACAAGUUUCACAGCUUCCACAAAUUUCACAGCUUCUACAACUUUCACAAAUUUCACAAGUUUCACAGCUUCCACAAAUUUCACAAAUUUCACAAAUUCCCUCACGAUUAAAUUUAGAUAUUUCUAAAUGGUCAUUAGAAAAUAUUGAAAUGUUUAAAUCGACAUUAAGUGGAAUUAUUCAACAUAUUCGAUUUACUGGAAUUAUAAUGAGAGUUAGGGAAUCGGGAGAAAUAAUCGGAGGAUAUAAUCCUCUAAGUUGGAAUUCCACGGGAUUUAAUUCAGAGUAUAACGCGACGGAUGAAAGUUUUAUUUUUAAAUUAGAUAAAACAAAUAUGGAAGAUUCGAUAAUAAGUAAAGUUGUAGAAUUUUCGAGAGCCAUAUUUCAACAUCAAGAAUCGGGACCAAAUUUUGAAGAUUUAAGAAUGUAUAAUCAUUUCAAUUAUAUAAAUUCAUGUUAUUAUAGGCCAUUAUAUUAUCAAAAUAAUUUUUUAAUAACCACGACCGACGGUGAACAUUUUUCGGUGGACGAAUAUGAAGUUUUCCGAGUAAGAGAAUAA